AUGUCUGCAAAGCCGCUCCGCAUUGCCAUUGUUCCCGGGGAUGGUAUCGGAACCGAAGUGAUGCCAGUCGGUGUCCAGUGCCUCGAGCUUGUGGCAAAGAUCUUCAGCAUACCGCUUCACUUUGAGUGGUUUGACUUUGCGAGCUGUGACUACUACAAAAAGCAUGGCGAUAUGCUGCCGUCUGACUGGAAGACGACGCUGUUGAGAUUUGACGCUAUAUACUUUGGGGCUGUCGGCAUGCCUGACCUUGUACCCGAUAAUAUAACGCUCUGGGGAAGCUUACUUAAAUUUCGACGCGAGUUUGACCAAUACAUUAGUCUGCGGCCAUGCCGGCUCAUGCCCGGGGUUCGGUCACCGUUAGCCGGCCGCAAACCAGGCGACAUCGACUUCUGGAUUGUCCGCGAGAAUACAGAGGGCGAGUAUAGUAGCAUUGGCGGCAAGAUUUUCGAGGGCACUGAAAGAGAAACGGUUGUCCAAGAAACCGUAAUGACGAGAACGGGAGUUGAUCGCGUUCUUCGCUACGCAUUCGAGCUCGCACAGAGCAGACCACGCAGGAGACUAACCAGUGCCACCAAGAGCAACGGCAUCAGUAUAUCAAUGCCAUACUGGGAUUCAAGAGUGCAGGAAAUGGCUGCAAAAUACCCAGAUGUUGCUCUGGACAAGUAUCACAUUGAUAUUCUCACCGCCCACUUCGUACAACACCCAGACAUGUUUGACGUGGUAGUUGGCAGUAACUUAUUCGGUGACAUCUUGUCAGACCUCGGUCCUGCUUGUACUGGUACCAUCGGCAUCGCUCCAUCUGCAAACAUAAACCCUGAAGGCAAGUUUCCCAGCCUUUUCGAGCCGGUACACGGCAGCGCCCCGGAUAUUGCGGGACGGGGAAUCGCGAACCCCAUUGGGACAAUCUGGGCCGGUCAAAUGCUGUUGCAGCACUUUGGACAUGACGUGGCAGCCGAUGCGCUGAUGCAGGCGAUAGAGAGAGUUUUGGCCCGAUCCGAAAGUCAUGUUCUUACUCCGGAUUUGGGCGGCAAGGGAACCACAGCAACUCUAGGAAAAUCAAUUUUGGAUGAGAUUUCGAAGGCUAGCCAGUCAAAAUUGUAG